CAAAUUUCAUACCGCGCAGUUUCCGAAAUAACGACACCGCUUUUUCCCGCAUCUAUCCCCAUUGGCCAACGGCUACCUCCUUCCGGCUUCCACCUCUGUAACUGCCAUCUCCAAUUGUCGAAUUCUGCGGGAUCAGAGAACAAGAAUCCCUUCUUCAUCGCCGGCUCUGAAAUGCUUCCAUGGAGACUCACGCACCCAAGUCCGCCGCUAACAUCCUCCUGAGCAAUAUUCUGGUGCGCCUCCUCUCUUUCUGUGUUCUGGUGAUCCUGGCCCGCUUUGCCUACUUCGUCGCCGUCAAGGGUCAGUCCUGCGAUUCUCUUGAUUUCUGCUUCUUCCAUGAAACCGUCGAAUCCUCAACCGCCGUUGCGGAGGCCGCAGCCAACUCCGAUCGUCUCCGCGCCUACUACUCUUCUGUUUUCCAAGACCUCAAAGCGGAAGGCGUUCUUUCUACGAACUCUAAGUCCCUCUGCAUUGAGACCUUAUCGGGAGAGGAAGUUGUCGCCUUGAGAGAAAUCGGAGUGGUAAAUUCGAUUGGAAUUUCUUCCAAGAAAUUGUCAUUGGAAGGUAUUCGAUUCGCCAAGGAGUUCAACCAGCCGUUCAAGAACCUCACAUUCGAUUUUGAGUUCUCGAGUAUUGCAGGUCUGGACCGGACUCUGAAGCCGGUUCAAUUUGCCUUGGAGGUCUCCAGAACCCUGAAGCCUGGUGGGUUUUUCGUCCUGCACACGGAUUCGGUGACUGAUAAGUACAGUCUUCACUCCUUACUUCAGUUAUUUGAUAACUUUACUUUGAUUAAUUUGCGUGGAAUUGAUGGUUUAGAUUCGCUAGCAAUAAGUGAAAUCAUAUUUAGAAAGGAAAAUGAGACUGUUCAUCAUGCAGCACGAGGGACUUAUAGAAAAGGAAAAACUGCAAACAAGUGUUUUGUUCCUAGGUAUAAGCGUCAAUUGAUUAGGAAUUUGGAGCCUUUGAUUAAAGGAGAGCCUUUGAAACCAUGGAUUACGUUGAAGAGGAAUAUCAAGAAUGUGAAAUAUCUGUCUGCAAUGGUUGAUAUAAGUUUCAAGAAUAGGUAUAUAUACAUUGAUGUUGGAGCAAGGAGUUAUGGUUCGAGUAUCGGCAGUUGGUUUAAGCACCAGUAUCCUAAACAAAAGAAGAUCUUUGAAAUUUAUGCAGUUGAGGCAGACAGCACAUUCCAUGAUGAAUAUAAAAUGAAGAAGGGGGUUAUACUAUUGCCAUAUGCAGCUUGGAUAAGAAACGAAACAUUGUUUUUUGAAAUUAACCGUGAGCCAAGUAGGAAGAAUGAGGAGAGGGGUCGAGCAAUGGGGAGGAUUCAAGCUGUGCAAUCUUCAAGUAAUUUUAUGGGUGAUCUUAUCAAAGGAUUUGAUUUUGCAGUGUGGUUGAAGAGUACGGUGGUGGAGAGGGAUUAUGUGGUGGUGAAGAUGGAUGUGGAAGGAACAGAGUUUCAUUUGAUCCCAAGGUUGAUUGAGACUGGAGCUAUUUGUUUGAUUGAUGAGAUGUUCCUUGAAUGUCAUUAUAAUAGAUGGCAGAGGUGUUGCCCGGGGAAGAGAAGUCCGAAAUAUCAGAACACUUAUGCUCAAUGUUUGGAAUUGUAUUCCUCUCUCAGAAAGAGUGGAGUUCUAGUUCACCAAUGGUGGUGAUGAGAGCAGUUGAUAUUUUUCAUUUUGAAGCAUUCAUGAAUUCUUUCUUGCAUAUACUUUGUGAAUAUACAAUAUACAUCUGUAUUUCCUGAGAAAGUAGAAGUUCAAUGUAACAUCAGAAUAUUCUAGUGUUUGAUUUCUAGUC